GGUGUGCAGUGAUGGUAAUAUCAUGUAUUUUCUGCGUGGGCUCAUUAACAGCCUCCAUUUUCUUGGGUAUUAAGUUGUUCCAGGUGUCAGCUAUUGCAAAGAAACAGCAAGAAAAACUCAUGGAACAGGACAAAGCACUGUUGAACUUCACAAAGUGGAAGACCAGCCAUGACCUCCAGAUAAAACACUGCCAAACCUUGCUGCAAAACUCUUUCAGUUCAGCUCCUAACUGCAGCCCUUGUCCAGACAACUGGAUUCAGAAUGAAAAAAGUUGUUACCGUAUCUUUGAAAAUUGGAGUAUUUGGAAAACCGGUAAAGAGAAUUGUUUGAAGGAGAGGUCUAAUCUUCUACAAAUAGACAGCAAAGAAGAAAUGGACUUUAUUACUGGCAGACUGCAAAAGAUCAGAAGAGGCUAUGAUUACUGGGUGGGACUGACUCAGGAUGGACCCAGCCAGCCCUGGUUUUGGCAAGAUGGCUCCUUGCCUUCCUCUGACCUGUUGCCAAUACAGAGAACUCAGUCAACUCACCGGCUCUGUGGAUACUUCAGAGACAAGGUCCUUUCUUCCUCCAACUGCACCUUUUGGAAAUACUUUAUUUGUGAGAAGUACACGUUAAGAUCCCCUGCCUAAAAGAAGUUCAGUUCGAAGUGAUCUAUUGCAAUAGUAUUUGGAACAGGCCAUUGAAAAACUUACCACAAAAUGCCAAAUAGCAAAAGCAGAAGUAAACCUAUGUGUGGGCUAAACUAGCUAGCUGGGACUCAAAACUCAAGUUUGCAUUUACACUGGGUAAUAUUCUUUACUUCCCA